AGCUGACAGGCAUGGCGUGGCUGCCACUCACACCGCGAAGCGAAACAAGAUAACACAGGCCUGGAACAUCGGUCACUGCCACCAGAACUUCCAGACCAAUUAAACACACAACGAAGGAAUCAUUCCCAGCUGCCAAGAAUCGCCAAGAUGGGCUCUGCGAGAGUUGCCUAGGUAUCUUUUUUAGCUUGGCAAGCGGGCCUUGGACUGGACGCUUUUUCUCUCAACUCGUGAGUGCACGAAGCCGUGGCGAUGUGGUAUUUCGAGGAAGGAAUCGCAAUGGGUGGAUUCCACCCCGCGCGCUGGCCCCGCCAGUCUGGGGAAAAACUCGGGACGACGUGGAGAUGAACACAUCUCACUGUGCCACUACGCGACACCAGCGCUCCAACCGGAUGAUUGAGCUACACCGGAUCGGGAAGUUCCCGAGGCACUUUUGCGUUCCAAGCCGGCUUUUGCUGCGUUGAGCAGGUUCGGCAGUUUGAAGGUUUCUGGGCUGUGGGCCGAUGUUUGUUCUUCCCAACUUCUUUGGUUUCGGGCUCGAUGGGUAUUCGUCUGUGCACCUGUGUGAGAAGACAAGGGUCCAUUGGUUCUCGUCCUAUGGGCGUCUGCGAUGAGUGAGUGAACUGGGGGAAGUGGGUAGGUAGGUAUACUCCGUACGGGGGUGGGCACAACAGUUGCUCAUGGGGUUUGAACUGGGGUUGGGAGUCAUUAAUCUGUCAUUUCUCCCGCAAAGUGGGUAUAUAACAGCCUUCCCCAUGCCCUGGUGGAUCAAUUGAUCUUCAGUUCGUGUUUCAUCCGCUCUUUUCUCUCUCUAUAGGACCAUUCGACACCUUUCAGGAGAUACUUUCGAGUUUCCCUACUGCCAAAAUGGCCCCGUUCGCUGAUGAGAAGCGCUCCAGCGUGGAGAAGAUCGAGAAUGCAAACCUGCCUGCCUUGAAUGCGCUGGACUAUGAUGAGGAGUACUCGCCUGAGGAGCAGAAGCGGAUUAUUCGGCGCGUUGAUCUUCGUCUCGUUACGAUUACCGGCCUUGCGUACUGUGUUUCGCUCAUGGAUCGUACCAACUUGAGUAAUGCUGCCAUUGCUGGUAUGGUGGAAGAGCUGCAUCUCUACGUUGGAUUCAGAUAUGUGCGUUCGAGCGCCAACGAUUAUUGUUGACUUACUAACGCAGUGUAGUCCAUUGUCGUCCUUAUGUUCUUCGUCCCUUAUAUCAUCGCCCAGCCUCCCCUCACAGCGAUCACUAGAAAGCUGGGACCGACUUAUUUCCUCGGAAGUAUCGUGAUUUCUUGGGGAGCCAUCCUCAUUGUACGUCUUGAUUUCUUUCACGCGUUGCACCUGCUAAAUGUAUCAGGGCAUGGGUUUCGCAAAGAACUGGAAUCAUCUAGUAGCUUGCCGUGUGCUACUUGGUCUCCUAGAGGCAGGUUACUUCCCUGGCUGUGUUUAUCUCUUGUCCAGUUGGUACGCGAGAUAUGACGUCCAGAAGCGAUUCUCCGUCUUUUACCUGAUCGGCUGUGUGGCCUCGGCGUUAGCUGGUAUCUUGGCUUACGGCCUGAUGCAGAUGGAUGGAGUUCAAGGUCUAGGUGGCUGGAGGUGGAUCUUUAUCAUUGAGGGCGUGAUCACCGGUGUCAUCGGAAUUCUGGCCAUAAUCUUCCUCGUCGACUUCCCUGAUCGGGCUCAUAAGUCUUGGAGGUUCCUCAGCGAGAAGGAGUGCGCUUUUAUUGUGCGACGCAUCAACCGCGACCGAUCUGAUGGAAAUGCAGAGCCCUUCACCCUGAAGCGGUUCCUGUCCCCGGCACUUGAUUUGAAGAUCUGGGGCUUCGCGAUGAUCUUCUUCUGCGUGACGACCGUUAGCUAUGCGAUUGCAUACUUCCUUCCAAUCAUCCUCUCCGUGGGUAUGGGCUUUGAUACUGGUGUCUCUCAGUGCCUUGUUGCGCCCCCAUAUGUCGCUGCUGGUUUCGUGAUGUAUGGAACUGCUUGGGCGGGAGACAAGUACCGCGUCCGUGGCCCUGUUCUGAUCUUUAAUGCUCUCCUAUGCAUCAUUGGCCUUCCUAUGAUGGGUUUCGCCAAAAGCAAUGCUGCGCAGUACGUCGGUGUCUUCUUUACCGUGGCUGGUUCCAACGCGAAUAUUCCCGCCGUCAUGGCGUAUCAGGCCAACAAUGUCCGUGGUCAGUGGACCCGUGCUCUGUCCAGCGCCACGCUCGUUGGCUUCGGAGGCAUUGGUGGUAUUGCGGGCAGCUUGGUCUUCCGCGAGCAGGACAAGCCUCAUUACCGACCGGGUAUCUGGUGUGCGAUUGCUUGCAAUCUGCUCCUCAUGGUCAUUGUCGUUGUUCAAAGCGUGUGGUUCCGUUAUGCCAACAAGCAGGCGGACCAGGGCAAGCGCAUCAUUGAGGGCUCGCCUGGUUUCCGCUACACGAUUUAG